CGGAACUUCAGACACUGGGAGGUUCUGCUUUCCGAGCUCUCUCGCUCAAUCGGCCUCCCAGCUGGAGUCAGGAGCAUAUACACGCCGGAGACUGGUCACAGAGUCACCACUCUCGACCAGUUCAAGCAUCAGAGAGUCUACGUGUGCGCCUCCGCCGAACCCUUCAAGAAGAUUGGCUACACAAAGGCCAAAACACCCACUUGGCACUCUGGUACGAAGGUGAAAACUGGGACGCUACUGGACCUCAGCAGGAGCGUUCAGGCUGCCGGGGGAGCCCUUGCCACCUCCUCUCAAAUCCAGAGAGGGGAGGCUGUCAGUAUCAACUCUAGCCAAGAUGUGAUGUCUUUUAGAGAGCGGAAGAGGAAGACUGGGUGCACAAGAAAACUCUCGUUCCCUCCUCUGCAGCAGUCCACAGAGGGAGAGAGACACACUGAAGCAAGCACGAGCCCCUCCAAGAGAAAAAGGCAGUCGUCCAUCACUCAACCUGGCCUUCUGCAACCCUCUCAGUUCACCAUCAUCUGCAGCGGAGCACCACCCAGGAAGGUGGUGCCAGUCUUUCUCGACCGGCAGGGUGUCUCGUCCUGGGAGCAGGCCCGGUCUCUCAUCAGUGAGAAUCUGCCUCGUGGCUACAAUAGCCGAGUCCCCAAACUCUACUCUGUGGACGGAGUGGAAGUUGAGAGUCUGUCUCAGCUCUGGGCAACUAACAGAGUCUUAAUAGCUGCAGACAAUGGAGACUUUAUACUUCACGGCAUUGAUGGCUCCACACCACUAGGCGGUGGUGUUUGGGCCAGCCAGCAGAUGAUCACUGAGCAACAAAAUACGGAAGGAGAGAAAACCGGAGCAGGAGAUGAGCAAGCGGACCACAGGCCUAGUGGUCUUCCCGGACACAACCAAGGGGCACUAGUACCAGGAACUGAAGGCAAGGAAGAAGAGAUACAGACAUAUUCUCCAAGUGAAAGGGUCAAUGAGGACACCAACACUGCUUCAGAGGAGGAGAGGGAGGAGGGAGAGGGAGAGAGAGAGGAGGGGGAUGGGGAAAACGGAGUCUGGAGGGAAAGAGCAGAGGGGGAGAGUGCAGCAAAGAUCGACAUCUCAGAAACAAACAUGUCAAACAUAGUCUCUACGCCAGGGUGCUCCAGUCCAGCAGCAGAGCCUGGACCUUCGACUUGGCCUCCUGGAAAUGGAGAGGCUGAGGUCCAACCAACCAAUUCACUACUCACUCUGACAGAAGACGGCUCAUUCCUGGGCUCAGGCUCUCCACUAACCGUGGACAGAGUGGCUGCCGUACAGCACCUCCACAGACUGGCCCUACAGUAUGAUAUUGACCGCAUGAGCACAUCAGGAUCUGACAGCUCCACCAACAUCAGACUCUCCAUGGCCUCAAGGCCAUCUGUACUGUGUCCACAGACUCCCCAGAGCAACAUCUCAUUCAGCCAGCCUCGCUCCCUUGUGGAGAUGAUAAUGCCGAGAGAGAAGUGUGAAGGUAGUAUGGACUCUGUGUCUUCGUCAUCGAGAAACAGUUCUCAGCCACCAAAGUCAAGGACAGUUGGGAUACAGACUGAAUUGGUAGGGGACAAACUAUCAGCUAUCAUUGAAGAAGUUGAACAGCCAUCUCACCUUGGAAUGAGCCACAGAAAGAGAAGGGCCACCCAUCCGCUGUUUCACACACAGACCAGUGUCACAGCCGGCCAGUCUCAGAGGGAGAAGCUACAGAGUGGGUCCAGUGGUGGCGGAGGGAGGUCUGUGGUAGUGGAGGGACUGCCACCAACAAGGUGACUGGACAGCAGUACUCCCUGAGAGUCAUCAACAAAGGCCGGGGUGUUUGGGGCACGAGACCUGGUUAUGAGGGAAUGCGAGCGUGCUGCGAGGUCUGAAGCACGACAACCUGGUCCGGAUGGUUGAUGGGUGGAGAGCUGCGAUGAAAUCUGCAUGGUCGCAGAGCACGUAGAGGGCACUGACCUAUUUGAUGCUGUCCUGCACUGUCGGCACUUCUGUGAGUCUGACGCAACUAUCGCCAUUAGGCAGCUGAGCAUGGCCCUGGUCUACCUCCAUGCCCACAAGAUAGUACACAGAGAUGUCAAACUGGAGAACAUCUUUCUGCACCAGGCAGAGAGGGAGGUGGAAUUUGAAGUUGGGAGGAAUGGGAUUGGCUGCUACUGCCUCUGAACCUCUUUCUCUCGUCUGUGGCAAUAUAUUCUACAUGGCUCCCGAGAUGAUCGCCGAGACUGGGUUAGUAGCUAUGACGUCACAUAUUAUGGUUGUUUUUGUUCAUGAAGACUGGGGUUGUGAUUUUUACUGUGCACAGUUAUGGUACCAAGCUGGACGUAUGGGCUGCUGGUGUUGUAUGCUGCACUCUUCUCUCUGGAAUUAUGCCAUUUGGAAGUAACAGUAAAGAGAGCUACAGUGUCCAACAUCCAGAAGGGUAGGUAUGCCUUCCUCUCUCCAUUCUGGGACAAUGUCUCGGAUAAAGCCAAGGACUUUGUGUGUCAUCUGCUGGUGGUAUCUCCAUGCCAGCGGUACAUGGCCACACAGAUGCUCCAGCACCCCUGGCUGGAGGAGAGGUGGGAGGAGACGUGUGGUCAGAGGGAUUCAGAGCUGAGCAGAGUUCUCAUGGAACACCUGGUCACCAGGUCUGCCACUGCCAGGAACGCUGCACUCCCUACACUUGUUGAGACGGCUUUGGACAAGAGGAAAAGCCUGCCAAACAUGAACCUACUCAGAAGGACCUCAUUUAAGACCCACAAGUCAUCAUAACUCAUAAUGCUACUGCUGCUCAAUCAUUUUUUUUGACACUCAUAAUAGUAUAUUAUAGCACGAAACAAUCACUUCUAAAUGACCGAUAUGAAAAUUGCUGUACAUACAUGCACGUUAUAAGUGUCCACACACCUAGUUAGUUGAUAAGUAAAGUUUGAAAACAAUAUGGCUCACUGAGAGUUAAGAGUGGCCGUAAUGAUGAUAUCGUUUCUUGUGAUGUAAUUAUAUAUAUUCCACUCCAUCUUCACUAUCUGUAGUAGUAGCUGUGGCAUUGUAGGCCACAUUACACUCCACCUCAUUUCGACCCACAUAACCAUAGGCC